AUGAUAAUCUGCUUUAUCUUCAGAAUUUUGAUCGAUGACCUGCAGGUUGCACUGGAAAAGCAGCGUGAUAGCAACAUUCGUGCAGUACACAGCUAUGAAAAGUACAAUGAUCUUGAUACUAUCAAUGCCUGGUCUGCUAACAUUGCCGCUCAGAAUCCAACUCUGGUGUCCCGCUUAGAGAUUGGUACCUCAUACGAGGGACGUCCUUUGUAUCUGCUUAAGGUUGGAAAAAGUGGAACAAACAAAAACGCUGUCUUCAUGGACUGUGGAUUCCAUGCUAGAGAAUGGAUCACCCCUGCUUUCUGUCAGUGGUUUGUGAAGGAAGCAGUUGACAAUUAUGGCAGUGAUGAUCAAAUUACCGAUCUCUUGGACAACCUGGACGUCUAUGUUCUCACAGUUAUGAAUGUUGAUGGUUAUGUAUAUUCUUGGAACUCAAACCGCAUGUGGAGAAAGACUCGUUCUGCUAACAAGAAUUCUGCCUGUGUUGGAACUGAUCCAAACAGAAACUUCAACGCUGGAUGGUGCACUGUCGGAGCUUCUUCAAACCCUUGUGAUGAGACAUACUGCGGUACUGCUCCUGAAUCUGAAAAGGAAUCUAAAGCUCUGGCUGACUUUAUACGUGCCAACAUUGGCUCCAUCAAGGCUUACCUGACUAUCCACUCUUAUUCCCAGAUGCUGCUGUUCCCUUACUCUUAUACCUAUGCUCUCGCUAAAGAUCACACUGAACUGAAUAAUGUUGCCAAGGGUGCUGUUUCUGCUUUGACUUCCCUCUAUGGAACUAAAUACACUUAUGGUCCUGGUGGAACUACAAUCUAUCUUUCCUCUGGAGGAUCAGAUGACUGGGCCUAUGAUACCGGUAUUAAAUAUUCCUUCACAUUUGAGCUGCGUGACACUGGAAAAUAUGGCUUCAUACUGCCUGAAUCUGAGAUUGUCGAAACCUGUGAAGAAACAAUGCUAGCUGUCAAAUACAUUGCUGAUCAUGUCCUGAAUAACGCUUAA